UCUUUAAGCGCUCCACUGAAACGUGAUUUAGUUUCAGCGUUCGCAUUACAGAGAAGCGAAUCAUUCGAUUUCUAUCACAGUCGCUGCAGUUGACGAGUUAAUUGUUCGUUAAUAGGACGAACAUGAGAUAAGAACAUUUGUAAACCUUGAAGGCACUCGACGUGAGCAACGAAGUGUGCGUUUUGUUAAACUCGGGUUCGUAACGAAGCUUGUUAGUGUAAGAAGAUUGUCAGGUACAGAGGAGACACCUUCUGAGUGAGAACUGAGCAAAUGGAACUAAUGAGUCCGCUAUUGUUGUAUGCGCUACUUACACUCGUGCCACAAGCGUUAGGAAAAAACCGUAUAGGAUUUGCCUAUGAAACGACUAACAACAAUUCCAUGAUUAUAAAAAAGAGGCCACAGGUUGGGAAAAAUAUAAUGUUAAAUGUAAACACGCAAGCUAAUACGAUGAAAUCCAGUGACCUGCAGACCGUGUUCAUAGACCCGUCGUGCCGCAACUGUGCCGCUUGUAUGGAAAGAGCAGUGAACGCGCAUAAAAUACAUAAUCAUGUUGUUAACACUCAAAUGAAUGCCGAUCGCUUCCAAGACAACACCUAUACGAAUCAAGAAAACAUUAUCCGGGAAAGACGUAGUGUGAAAUUCGACAACGUUCCUAAAAUUGAAAAGAAACCUAAAAGGUCGAAGCCUAAACGAAAUAAAUCCGUAUCAGUAAUCAAAUACAAUGAGAAUGGGGAAAUCUACGCGUUGAAAGUGAAAGAGACGAGUAAUCAAUUAAUAGCAGAUCAACAGAACGUUACAAAAAGUUUUUCUUCAACGACGUGCCAAGUGUACAGCGUACAACAAUCUUUGCCCUGCGAAUCGCCCGAAGCUGAUUUAAUUCUGACGGCUACGAAAAGAAAAACAAACAAGAAAAAUAAAAAGGUACAAGGAAAAAAGGAAACGAAUGUGCCCACUGAGAAAGCGACAUUGAUUACAUCAGUGUUUAGAAAACGACAUGUGGAUAAUUCACAGGUUCCGGAAAAUUUCAUGACUUCCCUCGAAGAAAUGUAUUGAACGAUUUACGAGAUAUAUUGUAUUUAUCUUUACGUGUUUUAAUACUUUAAUGCUCAACUUUUGUAGAACGUUUUGUAAUAAAAUG